AUGGUAAAUAUAUAAGUAAAAGCAAAUAAAACUGAUAAUAAUUUAGUUAAGAAUUUACUCUUUAAAUUAAAAUUAAAAUUCCCUAAUAAAUUCACUAAUGUUUAAAUAAUUAGCAACUAAAAAAUAAGAUCUUUGAUUAAGUUAAAAGAAGUUUAAAGAAAAUUUAGACUUCUUCUGAAAUUCUUAAAAAAUUACAAUUUUUAUAACGAAGAGCAAUUGCUGGUGUAGUUUAAUCUAGAAAGCUAAUUUAUGCCUAUCCCUUCAGAGAGAAAAUAGCUAGAAAAGGUGAGAAAACUUAAUUUGAAUUUUUUGACUUCCAGCAUUAAAUAAGAAGAGAAUAACUACAAUUUAAAUUAUUUUAACUAAAUAAGCGACUAAUCUCAAUAAAUGAGGAGAACCUACAAUAAUCUCUAAUAAUAAACAGUUACCAACAUAGAUUUCAUAACACUUUAAAAUGAUGUUUAAAAUCAAGAAAAUUAAAAUAUAAUGUUAAAUACUUUAGAAUUUGAAAGCAAGUUAGAUUAAUAGAAACCUUUAAAUUAUUGA